ACACGGCUCAAAUGCUGCCGAUUCCUGCCCCUCCUCUCCUUCUCAGACGUUUUCUUGUAUUUGUUAUGAAGUGACAUCACCCGCAGACACACACACACACACACACUAACCCAAGCCGAGGAGUGGAGCCGUCCACCGCUUCAGGGCUCGGGCUUGUGCAGUCGAGAGCUCCAGGAAUAUGGCGUCCAUAGGAGACUUCGAUCCCCUGCACGCCAACAUCCCGGCCACCAAAGUGGAGAUCACCAUCUCAGGCAGGAAUCUUUUGGACAGAGAUACAUUUUCUAAGUCGGAUCCAAUUUGUGUUUUAUAUUUACAAGGAAUUGGGAACAAAGAAUGGAGAGAGUAUGGAAGAACAGAAGCUAUUGACAAUACAUUGAACCCAGAUUUUGUGAGAAAAUUUCUUCUUGAUUACUUCUUUGAAGAACGCCAGAAUCUCCGCUUUGAUCUGUAUGAUGUUGAUUCAAAGAGUUCGAAUUUAUCUGAACAUGACUUUCUGGGUCAAGCAUUCUGCACAUUGGGAGAGAUAGUUGGUUCGCAGGGAAGCAGAUUGGAAAAACCUCUUGUGGGAAUUCCUGGAAAGAAAUGUGGAGCAAUAAUUCUCACAGCAGAAGAAUUGAGCAAUUGCCAUGAUAUUGUGGCGAUGCAGCUUUGUGCCAACAAAUUAGAUAAAAAGGAUUUCUUUGGAAAGUCGGAUCCUUUCCUUGUAUUUUACAGAAGCAAUGAGGAUGGAACGUUUACCAUUUGUCACAAGACAGAAGUUGUAAAGAAUACAUUAAACCCAGUGUGGCAGGCUUUUACAAUUCCUGUGCGUGCGCUCUGCAAUGGGGACUUUGACAGAACUAUCAAAGUGGAAGUGUACGACUGGGACAGAGAUGGAAGCCAUGAUUUUAUUGGGGAAUUCACCACUAAUUACAGAGAACUUUCCAGGGGACAGUCACAGUUCAAUGUGUAUGAGGUGCUAAAUCCAAAGAAGAAAGCAAAGAAGAAAAAAUACAUAAAUUCUGGAACAGUAACAUUGCUUUCCUUUGCAGUUGAAACUGAGUGCACAUUCCUUGAUUACAUUAGAGGAGGGACACAAAUCAAUUUUACAGUGGCUAUUGAUUUUACAGCAUCUAAUGGUCACCCUGCCCAACCAACCUCUCUCCAUUACAUGAACCCUUAUCAACUUAAUACUUAUGCCAUGGCAUUGAAAGCUGUAGGAGAAAUUAUUCAGGACUAUGACAGUGACAAGAUGUUCCCAGCCUUAGGAUUUGGUGCCAAGUUGCCUCCAGAUGGAAGAAUUUCACAUGAAUUUGCAUUGAAUGGAAAUCCUCAUAAUCCAUAUUGCCAAGGAAUUGAUGGGGUUAUGGAAGCUUACUACCGGAGUCUAAAGUCUGUGCAACUCUAUGGACCGACCAACUUUGCCCCUGUAAUUAAUCAUGUAGCAAGGUAUGCCGCCUCUGUAAAGGAUGGUUCGCAAUAUUUUAUCCUUCUUAUUUUAACUGAUGGAGUCAUCUCAGACAUGGCACAGACAAAAGAAUCCAUUGUCAAUGCUGCUUGUUUUCCAAUGUCGAUAAUUAUUGUUGGGGUUGGACCUGCAGAAUUUGAUGCAAUGGAGGAAUUAGAUGGGGAUGAGAUUAGAAUAUCAUCGAGAGGAAGAUAUGCUGAGCGAGACAUCGUUCAGUUUGUGCCUUUCCGGGACUACGUUGACAGAACUGGAAAUCAUGUGCUGAGCAUGGCUCGACUUGCAAAGGAUGUCCUAGCUGAGAUUCCGGAACAAUUUCUCUCUUAUAUGAAAUCAAGAGGAAUUAAGCCUUCUCCUGCUCCACCCCCAUACACUCCCCCAGGUUAUCCUUUGCAGACACAGCUUUAACAGAGGCUGACUCCAACAUUCCCAGUUGUCACUGUUGACCUGAACCAUUUUGAGUGGCAGAUUCCACUUUUUAUUAAAAAUCAGGUUGCUCUACAAAGACUUAUGGAUGUUGUCAGCUCACCACUCAGAAAGCAUCCAAGAGUUUCUGCUGGGCUUCGGAUUGCAUGCUGUCAACAGUACUAUCAUCGGGCAAAGACUAGAGAGAGGGUGCAUAAAGAAACUAAUUUAUUUCUUCAAGGCGGAGAGAAGAUCCUUGCGCCUCAUAGCUCAAUCAUCUCCUUUGAAACUAUGGGAAUUGUGGACUUUGCUGAAGAAGCAGAUGCUGACAGGGCAAUGAUAAAAGUUUGUUUGAAAAUUAAUGGAAAUUGAAGUCCCAGCUUGUUGUAAAUAACUGAUAAUGGCAGUUCUUAUUCUUUGAAUGUUUACAUGUUGACUCUUUUUACAAUUGAAUCAUUUUUCUAAACAUAUACUUCCUGUAAACACAGUUUUAAAUAUUGUUACAAUUGUGGUUUGCUUGGUGUUACACCUCUAUUUACUAAUGAUUAACUCAGAUGGAGGGUCCCUGUUCUAGUGCAUUAGUGAUUCUCAAACAAUAGGCCACAUGAUCUGGUCAGUGGUUAGUUAGCCUGACUGCUUCCUAAUGACUACUACCUGAAAUUGUACCUCAAAAAUGACAGCCUCCCAACCAACUCUCAAUUGGCCAGCCCUUUUGUUGUUUUGUUAUUUAUGUGACAGCAAAAAUGCUUUACUAUGAAAACAAAGCCUUGGGAGAAGGGAGGAAAAACAGAGGGGUAAUUGGAAAAUAGCAAAAAUAUUGACAAUGCAGGCAUUGCAGUCUAAUCCAUAACAUUUUUGGGAGCAAGAAACUGUUUGAUUGAGGAAGACCUGGAUAGAUUUGAGGACCACUAUACACACCAUGCCAAUAGUGUGCAAGCCUGAAAGCGUCAGGUCAAUGUGCCAGAAAAGUAACUGCACAGGUAUAUGUUCUUGUGCUCAUUUAUUAAGUUCUCCAUUAUUUUGUAUAUGCUUGUUCAGAUCUUACAGCACGUGCCCUAGCUGCAUGGACACUUUUUUGGAAGAGAAAUGCACUUUUGUGAGUAGUGUGCUAGAUUAAAUUCAGUAACAAUAUGGCCUUAAAUUCUCAGUAAAUACUUACAAUGACUUUUUUGCAUUUUGCCUUUGGAUAUUGAAAAAUGUGACAUGUUUUGGAACAUUUUUUUGUGCCAAUACCGUAGUUGCUUUUUAAUUUUUCCACAGGAGUGGAAACUUGUUGCUUAGUUUAUUUACUAUUUUGCAUUUUAUGGAAAUUUUAAACAUUAUAGUUUCAAUAACAAACAACUUACAACUUCUGGAUUUGCAGGGCAAUGUCAGAAUAUGUGACAAAACUCGUUCUGUAACUGUAAAUCACUUAACUGGAAAAAUGGUUUUUUAAUGGAUUACAUACAUUCCUUCAUAUAUAAGUACAUCAGAAUGCAGCCAAACAUAAAAUUUACACUUUUCGUACCAAAAAAUUCAAAUUACUUUGAAAAAUAAUAGAAAUGAGAAAAGAUAAAAAUUGUGUUCAUGAAAUGAUUAAAUGAUUGUUGGAUUUUGUAUUCCUUACACAGUCACUAAAUUACAUUUGUGCCACGUGUACUGGGCCAAAUCCCUUUUUGUAAUCUUAAAAGAAAUUGUAAUUUUUUUAAAAAAACUAGAUUUAGCUCUGAUCUAAACCUUUUAUGCUCAAUGUCACUGGGGAAGAUGGGACCAAGUAUGCUUCACUUCUUAGAGCAUUCAUGAAAAUUCAAUUAUUUUGUGACACUUUUCAUGUUGCUGCAGAUAACUGACAGCAGUAAAAGCGCAGCAGUGUCGUCAUAUCAUUAGUCAGUACGUUUUGCCAACAAAAGAAAACAGUUAUAGCAAGAAAAGUCUCAAAUUUGAUGUAAUGAGAGCCAAAAUAAACCCUAUGUUCUCAUUACUUCCCUUUGCCACACCCCCAAAAAGAAUGAAGGUCAUAAGUAGGGGCAAAACAAAACUUCUCAUAUUGCUGACAUGUGUGAACUUAGCCCUCUAGAGGUAAGAUGCCCUGUCACCUUACUGCACAUGUACACUGCAAUCCAAUAUAAUAUCCAUUUAAACUCGAUUACAACAUUUCUAUUUAUUCACAUCAAGCCAGCUCUGAUACUAACGUGAAAUUGAGUCCACUAAUUUUGUUGAAUUACAUUACUAGGCUUUUUGUUGCUAUAAAUGUCCUUU